AUGCACUAUGAUAAAAUGCUAUUAGCAAUUCAAAAUAUCUUUUCAAAAUUUGAUAAAUGCUAAUAGAAAUAGAUGCUUAUUUCCUUCAUCUUUUUAAUAUUAAUAGGAAUAUGGAUUCUGUUUCUCUGUUAUUAUUCAAAAUAAAAUAGAAUUUAUAGAAAAAAAUUAAUUUUGAUUGGACCAUCUGGAGUAGGAAAAACAAAACUAUUUAAUAUUGCAACAGAUAAGAAAGUUUAUAGAAAAUAGAUUAAUUAAGAUUAAUUUUAUGAAUUUCCUAUUGGAAAUAAUCUUGAUUUAGUUGAUACACCUUCAAUUGAAUUUGAUGAUUCAAUAACAAAAAGAGAAGCUAUUAUAAAAUAAUUUAAUUCAUAUUUCAAAUUAAAUUUCUAUUAGAUCGAAAAAUUUUAUUUAAUUGUUAAUUUUGAAAGAACAGAUAUUAUGAAAUAAAAUUGUUUGAAAGUUUAUAAAUACUUUAAGAAAUUUUCAAGUAUUAUUGACAUAGUUAUAACUAACUUUUAAUUAAGUGAGGAUGAAAUUGAAGACAAAGAAAAUUUGGUUAAGGCAUUUAGGAUGUUUAUAAAUGAUUAAAAGAAAGUUCAUUUCGUUAGAGAUGAUAUUCAAAGUGAGGAACUUAAAUAACUUUUUAUUUAAAGUGCAAAUCUAAUUGAUUUAUAAGAUAUUAAUUUUGAAAUGAUUAAAAAUAGAGAAAUUAACAAAAAUGAACAAAAUCAAACAUAAUAGAUAUUUAAUGGAAAAUAAUAUCAAUCUAUUGAUGAAUUUUAAAUGAAUCAGGAAUAAAAUUUUAUACAAAUAUUAUGA